AUGGCGGCGAGCGUAAGUGGACGCAGUCGGCACGGAAUGAGAAGCGCACCACGAACACAUCGAUCCAAAGCGACGGCAAGGCCAAAGACAUCCAAGGCCCGUGACGAGGGAGGGGUUGCGCCGAAACCCGAUCUUGACGAGCUACGACGAAAGCGACUACUGUACCUGAGCGCUUCGCCCGAGGCACGGAGAGAGUCAGCGGCCAGGAGUGCGAAGAAGACCAAAGACCAAGAGGCGGCUGCAUCACAAACGAAGUCGGUGAGCGGGGAGCAUCGACGGCGGAGGAGAAAGCACAAGAGUAGCAGCGUGGAUAAGGCUGGAGUCGAGCGGGGCAAACCCACUCUGCGCAGUAGGACUGAAGAAUAUGUCUACGGAGUGCCAGCUCCCCCUACCGAACGACAUGGCGGCGAAAGCGAGGGGUCCAAGUUGGACAUGAAGCGACGGUCGACGAGAUCGAGUUCGUCGCGGAGAGACAAUCUACCCACCGUCUUCGAAUCGGAGGUGACCCCAGAUGACAGCGUCUCUCAGAUUGGAUUGCGGCCGGCCAAGGAGUCGACCAGUACACUAUCAAGCCCUCGCUCCUCUCCCAGACGUAGCGGGAGCAACGCUUCGUCGCGACUGCAGCCCAUCUCUGAAUCGACCCGGGUCACGUCUACGAGAUCUAGCAAACGAGACUCAACACCGUCGCUGCUCAGCUCCAUGUUCCGUCGCAAUACAGCACCCCCUGUCCCCGCAGCCCCGCGACUUGUUGAGUGCUUGACGUGUGGCUCGGAUGAUGUUCCUCAUGCACGCUCUGCCAAAUUGGCCUGUGGUCAUCGCAUGUGUCACGACUGUCUGAAACGUAUUUUUGAGAUGUCCGUGAAAGAUCCGGCCCACAUGCCGCCAAGAUGCUGUACCAAGGAUCACAUACCCCUCAAGCACGUCGAGAAGUUAUUUGACAUGAGAUUCAAGACUAGCUGGAACAGGAAAUAUCAGGAAUACCAUACGAAGAAUCGAAUCUACUGCACCGCUCCGAAAUGCGGAGAGUGGAUCAAGCCAUCGCAUAUACGUUCAUUUCAGGGACGAAGGUAUGCACAGUGUCCACGAUGUAGUACCAAGGUGUGCACGUCGUGCAAUGGAAAGAUGCAUAAGUCUUCCGAGUGUCCGAAAGAUCCAGAGAUUGCUAAGCUAGUGGAGCAAGCGAAAGAGAAAGGCUGGAAGACGUGCUAUAAUUGUCAUGCUAUGGUUGAGCUCAAAGAAGGAUGGUAGGUUUUUGAACGCUUGGUCAAGCUGGACAGCAGCUAACGUGGUCAUGGCGACAGUAACCACAUGACUUGUCGCUGUCUUGCCGAGUUUUGCAUGGUGUGCAGCAAGAAAUGGAAGACAUGCGAUUGUCCUUGGUUCAACUAUACACAGACGCCCGACGCAGAUGGCUUAAACGAUUUGCGCAUACCGGAACCGAUACAAGCAAUCUACAGAAGAGCCUUCGGGGUGCAUGAGCCAGCAAACCAGCAACCGCAUCUGCCUCUCAAUGCGCAGCCGGCGGAUCAUCGACGACGACAGCGAACGUACAUAGAAGAGAUCGAGCACCGACGGCAGCAGGAGCGGACUGAUGCGGAUCUUGCCAGACGAAUGCAGCUCGCGAGCCUUCUUGGUCAUGACGAAGAACAACCCGGACAACGCGGACAAGCGGACGUGCAGACUUGGGGCCUGGGAAACGCGGGUGGACACUUCAUGAACGACAACUUUGUACAGAAUGCGGCGAACGUGGUCAUGAGCGCCUUUGGCGACGCAGCAAUGGGUAGACGCGGAGACCGCUCGUCAGGACGCAGACGACGUGCCAGGGACAGUCGACAGGACCAUGGAGAUGCGGGCCUGGCACGCAAUUUCUUGGGAGACGAGAGCGUAGUGGGAGCUGGUCCAGCGUGGGACCGAACAAGAGCGGCGCCAUGA